AACGGAGAAACGAUGGAACAAGAAGACAGGACCGAACUCAAACGCAUUGCUACUGCACUUUCUCGUCGACAGUCUCAAGCUGCAGCGCCUUCUCGCCGUCAGUCAGUGGGUCUCGGUACUAUUGACGAGUAUGAUGCCACUCUUGACCCUGACCGUCGCGAAUUUGACCUUUCGAAAUGGCUGCUUCGAUUUAUCCGUGAACUCGACGAGAAAGGUCUCGCAGACCGGAAAAUAGGCGUUUCGUUUCGAAGUCUUGACGUCUUUGGCUCCGGUAAUGCAAUUCAGCUCCAAAACACCGUGGGCUCUGUCGUCACUGCACCAUUGAGGCUUGGAGAGUUCUUCAGUUUUGGCAAAAAGGAGCCAAAGCACAUCCUUCACAACUUCAAUGGGCUUCUCAAGAGCGGAGAACUCUUAGUUGUUCUUGGACGUCCCGGUUCUGGCUGCAGCACGCUCCUCAAAGCUAUUUGCGGCGAGCUACAUGGUCUGAACAUUGGGGAGAAGUCGAGCAUCAACUACAACGGCAUCCCCCAAAAGCAGAUGAAGAAAGAAUUCAGGGGAGAAGCAAUUUACAAUCAAGAGGUCGACAGGCACUUUCCUCACCUUACUGUCGGGCAGACUCUUGAAUUCGCGGCCUCUGUACGAACGCCAUCCCAUCGAGCCUACAACAUGCCUCGUGCUGAGUACUGUCGCUAUAUUGCCAAGGUAGUCAUGGCAAUAUUUGGUCUCACUCACACCUACAAUACCAAAGUUGGGGAUGACUUUAUUCGUGGGGUAUCUGGAGGUGAAAGAAAACGCGUCAGUAUCGCGGAAAUGGUUUUGGCUGGCUCGCCGCUAGCUGCUUGGGACAACAGUACUCGAGGUCUUGAUUCAGCCACAGCUUUCAAAUUUGUUAAAUCCCUUCGAACGGCCGCCGAUCUAGGUAAUCUUGCUAACGCUGUUGCCAUUUACCAAGCCAGCCAGGCCAUCUACGAUCUUUUCGACAAAGCCACAGUUUUAUAUGAUGGUCGUCAGAUCUACUUUGGUCCGGCGGAUCGAGCAAAGGCCUAUUUCGAGAAACAGGGCUGGUACUGCCCCCCGCGCCAAACCACUGGCGAUUUCCUGACCUCAGUCACCAAUCCUGUGGAACGUCAAGCUCGUCCAGGGAUGGAAGGGAAAGUGCCUCGAACUCCAGAAGACUUCGAACGGCUUUGGCUGCAAUCUCCCGAGUUCCGUGCCCUGCAAAAAGAUCUCGAUCGGCAUGACGAAGAAUUCGGCGGCGAGCACCAAGGCGAGAGUCUUGCGUACUUUCGCCAGCAGAAAAACCUGAGGCAGGCUAAGAGGAUGCGGCCCAAGUCGCCGUACAUCAUCAGCAUCCCAAUGCAAAUCAGGUUUAACACUAAACGGGCCUAUCAGCGCAUAUGGAAUGACAUCUAUGCAACAAUGGCAUCUACUGUGGUCCAAAUCGUCAUGGCUCUCAUUAUCGGCUCCAUAUUUUUCGACACCCCUAACAAUACAUCGGGUUUCUACGCCAAAGGUUCAGUUCUGUUCGUCGCCAUUCUGCUCAAUGCAUUGACAGCGAUAUCCGAAAUCAAUAGCUUGUAUUCACAGCGGCCCAUUGUCGAGAAGCAUGCCUCAUAUGCCUUUUACCAUCCCGCUACCGAAGCAGCUGCGGGUAUCGCUGCCGAUAUCCCCAUCAAGUUCAUCACUUCCACAGUCUUCAAUAUCAUCCUCUACUUCAUGGCCGGUUUGAGGAGGACGGCGUCACAAUUCUUCAUCUACUAUCUCAUUGGCUAUGUCUCCAUAUUCGUCAUGAGUGCCAUUUUCAGAACGAUGGCCGCAAUCACCAAGACAGUUUCUCAGGCCAUGUCGCUUGCCGGUAUUCUAGUUCUCGCGCUUGUCAUUUACACUGGAUUCACCAUUACAGUGCCAGAAAUGCAUCCUUGGUUCAGCUGGAUUAGAUGGAUUAAUCCCAUUUACUACGCCUUUGAAAUCCUAGUCGCCAACGAGUUCCACGGUCAGAACUUCCCUUGUGGUAGCCCUUUUGUGCCACCGUAUAGCCCAACUAUCGGCAAUUCUUUUAUCUGUCCUGUUCCUGGUGCGGUUGCGGGUAGCACGACUGUAAGCGGUGACGCGUUCAUUGCCACCAACUACGAGUACUAUUAUUCCCAUGUUUGGCGCAAUUUUGGCAUUUUAAUGGGCUUUCUCUUCUUUUUCAUGGCGGUGUAUUUUGUCGCUACAGAGUUGAACUCGUCAACAUCAAGCACCGCUGAGGCUCUUGUUUUCCGCAGAGGCCACGUCCCUGCACACAUUUUGAAGAGUGAAAGCGGUCCUGCCAGAACCGAUGAUGGGGUUGAUGAGAAGGGUCUGUACGUGGUCAAUACUAACGCCAAUGUUCAAGGUCUUGAGCCUCAAACGGAUAUUUUCACAUGGAGAAAUGUUGUUUACGAUAUCAAGAUUAAGAGCGAGGACCGCAGGCUUCUGGAUCAUGUCUCUGGUUGGGUAAAGCCAGGCACACUGACCGCGCUGAUGGGCGUUAGUGGUGCAGGAAAGACGACCCUCCUCGAUGUGCUCGCUCAACGAACUACCAUGGGUGUCAUUACCGGCGAUAUGCUUGUUAAUGGCAGGCCAAGAGACCCUAGCUUCCAAAGGAAAACGGGUUAUGUGCAACAGCAAGAUCUGCAUCUUGCAACUGCCACGGUCCGCGAGAGCCUGCGAUUCAGUGCCAUGUUGCGCCAGCCGAAAUCCGUCCCCAAGGCGGAGAAAUACGCGUUCGUUGAAGAGGUCAUCAAGAUGCUCAAUAUGGAAGAGUUUGCCAAUGCCGUUGUUGGUGUUCCAGGUGAAGGGCUCAACGUUGAACAGCGAAAGCUCCUUACCAUCGGAGUAGAACUCGCAGCCAAGCCAAAGUUGCUACUUUUCCUCGACGAACCAACUAGCGGUCUUGACUCUCAGAGCUCGUGGGCCAUUUGCUCGUUCCUCCGCAAACUUGCCGAUUCUGGCCAAGCAAUCCUCUGUACCGUCCACCAGCCCAGCGCCAUUCUUUUCCAGACUUUUGAUCGCUUGCUUUUCCUAGCCAGGGGCGGAAAGACGGUGUACUUUGGAAACAUUGGUGACAAUUCCCAUACGCUUUUGGAUUACUUUGAGGAACACGGAGCUCGCAAAUGCGGCGACGAGGAGAAUCCAGCAGAGUACAUGCUCGAAAUCGUGAAUAAUGGAGUCAAUGACAAAGGUGAAGAUUGGGACUCUGUCUGGAAGUCCAGUUCUGAAUUCGAGAUGGUCCAAAAAGAGCUUGAUCGCCUUCAUGAGGAGAAGCUAGCCGAGGGCCCCGGUGAGGAGGAUCCGUCCUCUCAUUCUGAAUUUGCUACACCUUUCGGGACUCAGCUCUGGGAAGUCACAUAUCGAAUCUUUCAGCAGUACUGGCGCUUGCCGAGUUACAUCUUUGCCAAGCUUUUGCUCGGUAUCGCCGCUGGACUGUUCAUUGGCUUCUCGUUUUUCAAUGCCAAUUCCUCGUUGGCAGGAAUGCAGAAUGUCAUUUUCUCCGUCUUCAUGGUUACAACUAUAUUCUCAACAAUUGUGCAGCAGAUUCAACCUCUCUUUGUCACCCAAAGAUCGCUGUACGAGGUCCGCGAACGGCCAAGCAAAGCUUACUCAUGGAAGGCUUUCAUCAUUGCAAAUAUAUUCGUCGAGAUUCCCUACCAGAUCCUCAUGGGCAUUCUGGUCUUUGCCUGCUUCUACUACCCUGUUGUCGGCGUCCAGAGCUCCAUCAGACAGAUCCUGGUCCUUCUGUUUAUCAUGCAGCUCUUUAUCUUUGCAAGUUCAUUCGCUCACAUGAUCAUCGUGGCAAUGCCAGAUGCACAGACGGCUGCCAGCAUUGUGACUUUCUUAACCCUAAUGAGCACACUCUUCAACGGAGUUUUGCAGGUGCCCAGUGCACUCCCAGGGUUUUGGCUCUUCAUGUGGCGCGUCUCAGUCUUUACUUACUGGGUAGGGGGUAUAGUUGCGACGGAGCUCCACGGACGACAAAUUGUUUGUUCCCAGAGCGAGCUGUCCAUCUUUAACCCGCCCUCUGGCUUGACUUGUGGCGAUUACCUGGGCCCGUUCCUCCAACAGGCACCAGGACAACUGCAGAAUCCUUCGUCCAGAACCCAAUGUCAAUACUGCCAGCUCAGCAACGCAGACCAAUAUCUUGCCCAGUCAGAGAUCUUCUGGAGCGACAGAUGGCGCAAUUACGGCAUCGUUUGGGCGUAUAUUGUAUUCAACAUCUUCGCGGCGAUUACCCUGUACUACCUCUUCCGGGUCAGGAAAUGGAACAACUUCCACUUCCGACUUCCGUGGAAGAAGACUGCAAAGCAGUGAAGCUAAGAAGAGCACAAAUUAGGCUCAAAUUGCAGUGUUAUAUACUCCUAUUGUCUACCUCGCCGUUUCUUGUUGUGGUUUUAGCAACCAAAGUCAGGCACCUCUGAAAUUUCAUUCAUAUCGUCGCUGCAUCUCGGUCAGUACACAGUAGUGCUAAUUCGGGGAGCGUCGGGUCUAUUUUCCCAUAAGUAGAUUUUUCAUAGUCCAUUUUAAGAAUAAUUCGAAUCUUUAGUGCUCCGU